ACUGCUCUGUCAGUUCUCUCCCGUCUCCUUGGAAGGGCCGGAAGUUCCGGUUGGAGGCUGCUGUUGUAGGUUCCAGAGGCUCUGGAGCUGUCCGGGCCAGAGCUGUGUCAGUGCAGGCGGUAUUUCCCGAGAGGGGGCAGGAAAGCCUGAACGCCUUGUUAUUGGGAGGGUCACCGGAGGUAUAAUCCCUGCUGAAUGUGAAGGGGCCAGUGUACUGCUCCUGUGCUGCUGUAUACAGGAGCCCACCCCCCAAUACACAGUGUAUAGACAGUGCAUACGCUCCUAUAUAGGGUCAGCUCUACUAGUAGACAGUCUAUAGGGCCCUGUCCUCUCUUACACCGUCUAUAGGGGCCCUAUGUUAUAGAGGACGUAGGCACUGGCUCCUGUAUGCAGGCUGUGCAGUAUAUAGGGACCUAUCAGGAUAUAUAGGUGCAGGAUCUCCAGGUUUUCGGGGUGCUGGUGUGUAUGUGGGCACAGGGGCGCUGUAUUAUCCGCCGCAUUGUUCUCUGAGCCGCUGAUUAUUUUUCCUCCCUUCGCCUGAAGGGUUAAUUCAGCGCACCCCUCCAUGUGGGGGGGCAGGUAGCCUCUCGCCUCUGCGCCUUUUUGAAACUUGCCACAAGAGCGUAGACGCUCGAUCAUUCUGAUAGAAAGGGGUCCCCUGCGCAGCUGGGGGUCUCGCCUCAGCAGUGAAAUUGGGGGUGACACCAAGCAUCCCGAGGUUUGGGGGGGUGACUUCUGGAGCCCCUGGCAUGAAGGGGAAGGAGGAGAGCGGCGGGGGUCGUCCUUCUGGAGUCAGUGGUGGCCUGGGGGGCAUUGAUGGUAGCCCAGAAAAGAGCGUCAGCGCCCAGGAGUUGAAAGAGCAGGGCAACCGGCUGUUCGUGGCUCGAAAGUAUCAAGAGGCCGUGUCGUGCUACGGCAAAGCCAUCACUCGGAACCCUUCCAUCGCCGUCUACUACACCAACCGCGCCCUGUGCUACCUGAAGAUGCAGCAGCUGGACAAGGCCCUAGCGGACUGUAAGCACGCCCUGGAGCUGGACUGCCAGUCGGUGAAGGCUCACUUCUUCCUGGGGCAGUGCCAAAUGGAGAUGGAAAACUACGACGAGGCCAUCGCCAAUCUGCAGAGAGCUUACAAUCUGGCCAAAGAGCAGAGACUGAACUUCGGAGACGACAUCCCGAGCGCUCUACGGAUCGCCAAGAAGAAGCGAUGGAACAACAUAGAGGAGCGGAGGAUCAACCAGGAGAACGAGCUGCACGCCUAUCUCACCAAACUCAUCCUGGCCGAGAAGGAACGGGAGUUAGAAGAGGCAAAGAGGAAACACGAAGAGGAGAACGUGGACGAGAACCGGAGCCGGGCCCAGCUCUCCUGUGUGCCCACCAAACACGACAAAUAUUUGGCAGAAAUGGACGAACUCUUCUCCCAAGUGGACGAGAAGCGUAAGAAGCGAGACAUCCCUGACUAUUUAUGUGGAAAGAUCAGCUUCGAGCUCAUGAGGGAACCGUGUAUAACCCCCAGCGGAAUCACCUACGACAGGAAGGACAUUGAAGAGCACCUGCAGAGAGUCGGACACUUCGACCCUGUCACCCGAAGCGCUUUGACCCAAGAUCAACUGAUCCCAAACCUGGCCAUGAAAGAGGUCAUCGACGCCUUCAUCUCUGAGAACGGCUGGGUGGAGGACUAUUAGAAGGAGGUCACCGGCCCCAGCACUUAUUAUUAUUUUUUUUCUUCUUCAAUAUAAUUUUGGUGGCGGAUCGCACUGGUCGCGGAGUGACGUAACGUGCCUGUCUCGCCUUCAUGCCUUACUUGUCUUGCUCACGUCCGUUGCAGUCCACCAAGCGUCAUAGCUCACCGUCUGGGAUGUCCACUCCCGCGACGGUUUCAUCUCGCUUCACACAGUCUCCGAUCUCCAUACAGCGAGACAGAAGAGCCCCACAGCAUGAAACGUGCCGGAGCAUGGGGACUACACGGCGCCACCCGUCAGAUCCAGUGUGUUCUCUCUUCUCUCCAGUAUUAUGCUUUUUGAGUCAAGUUUCCACGCACAUGGAGGAAAGCACCAGUAGAUGGCGCCGCAGACCAUUACCGCUUUCCUCCUGCUGCUUUGUACUAGGGAACUGCUCACAAAAAGCAGCGACCCCUCGAUGUUAGACCCACGCAGAUUUUGUUAAUUGACUUGUUAUGGUUUGUCGUGACGGGCUGCAUGGUUCUGUGCCCCACUAACACCUACCCCGGUUGUGAACUACAACUCCUGUUAGGUUCUGACAGAUGCACAGUGAUCGGCCUACGCAGAUGAUGCAGGCUGUGAUUACCUGCUGGAGAACGGACGGCAUCCCCCACUGUAACCUCCACCCCACACGGAGCUUCUUCCUUGUAUAUAGAUGAUGUAAAUAUAUUCUAGUGUCUCGUGUAUUUGCGGCUGCAGGACUGUACACCUCGAUGACUGGUCGUCAUCUGGACACGGGGGGAUAGUGCGUCUGCUUUUCCUGUGAAUUCACAGUGCAAAUAUUAAAGAGGUUAUGCGGUUA